AUGGAGGACCGCAGACCCGAGGUCCUCGUCGUCUCCAUCGUCUUCUUCGUCCUCGCCAGCAUCUUUGUCGCUCUCCGCUUCGUCUCGCGAAUAUGGAUUGUCCGGAAGGUCACACUGCACGACUACUUGAUGCUUCUGGCCUGGGCCAUUGAUUUUGGGUUCUCUUUCGCUUUAUUUUAUGCCACCGGGAAAGGCCUUGGUCUCCAUGAUUCCGAUAUCCCUCCCGACCAGCGGGCUAGCCUCAGCCGCGCCAACUAUGCCUUUACCGUCCUUUAUUCCUCUAUCCUCGUCUUCUACCUCACCCUCACCCAAGGCGAAAAGAUCUUCCGCUACGCAAACUAUGCUACUCUGCUCGUUGUCAAUGUCGCCGGUCUAGCCCUGACCUUCGUCAAUAUCUUCCAAUGUCGACCCGUUUCAGCCGGAUUCGCCCCCGAGCUUCCCGUCGACGCGCAUUGCACCGAUAUCCUGACCCUAUACCUCUCCUCGUCCCCGGUUAAUAUUAUCACCGAUCUGGCGAUCCUGGUCCUUCCGAACCCCAUCCUGACGCAUAUGCGGCUUCCGCUGAAGCAGAAGAUUAUUCUGGUUAUUACAUUCAGUUUUGGUUUCUUCGUCGCUGUGGUGGAUGUUAUUCGCAUUGCAUACUUGCAAGAAGCUACUACCUCCCGGGAGCUUGCGCUUCGCCAGAUUCACCUCCAAAACUAUGGAGGGGGCGACUUUUCUUGGUAUGCGUCGCUUUCCUUCAUGUGGUCUGUCGUGGAGGUCAAUGUCUCGGUUAUGUGCGCCUGCGUCCCUAGCCUCAAACCAUUGGUCUCUAGGGUGGUUCCAAAAUUGAUCCGUGACUCGGAAGGAAGCACACAAACGAGCCCGUCCGACCCUCAGGUGCAGGCGCCUCCGCCGAUGCUAACAGCAGAAGCUGUUCUUAAUGACUCGGUGAACAUUAUGACUCUUCCGGAAAUGUCCACUGUCCCUACUGCGCUUACCGAUGCGGAAGCCAACACGACUACUCUUACGAGCACUUCCGAUCCGCGCAGCAUGACGUUCUUCGACUUCGUCAAUAUGAGAAAACCUGCGAAUAUGCUAGCAUUGAGCACCAAGGAGUCGAUAGCGCCUAUUGCCAUCACGACCGUUCUGUUUUUCCUCUGGGGGUUUUCGUACGGUCUCCUGGAUAUUCUCAAUGAGCAGUUUCAGGAGAUUGUGCGUUUGGAUGCCUGGCGGUCUCUCGGGCUUCACUGCACUUAUUUUGGGGGAUAUCUGGUCGCUCCAGCGCUGAUUGGGCGCAUAGUACUAAAACGUUGGGGUUUCAAGUCGACCUUCAUUACGGGCCUGUGUUUUUAUGCCUGUGGGUCGCUGAUAUUUUGGCCGUCCGCCGUGUUGACAUCGUAUUCGGCGUUCCUUGUGUCCAAUUUCAUUACCGGGUGCGGCCUUGCCAUCCUCGAGACAGCGGCAAAUCCGUUCAUUGCACUUUGUGGUCCGCUGGAGAACUCGGAAAUUCGAUUGAAUAUAUCCCAGGGAGUUCAGGCUAUUGGAAGUGUGCUAUCCCCACUGCUCGCCAAAAGAGUCCUAUUUCGCAGUGUGACCGAUGUUUCUUCGUUGGUCGACGUGCAGUGGACGUACCUUGGAAUCGCCUUGUUUGAUGUACUUUUAGCUCUCGCCUUUUACUAUCUACCGAUCCCCGAGGCGUCGGACGAGGACUUGGAGGAGCUGGCCAACCGCCGACGAGAGGACAACCGCGCCGCCCCGUUCGGAGUUCCAGUCGUUUGGAUGACGCUUGGUUUAGGCGUGUGGUCCCAGUUCUGUUACACGGCCGGCCAAGAGGUCUUCUCUACGAGCUUCGAAGCUCUGGUUGAAAAAGCCUAUCCCGAGCGGCGCCUCAGCGAUUUCACAUACCUAACAAUUGGCCGCUCCAUCUUUGCCGUCGGCCGCUUCCUCGCCGCCUUCCUCCAAUACUUCCUCAAACCGCGCUGGAUCCUUCUCCUUUCCUACGUCGGCUUGAUCGUCUUCGCUGCGCUCAGCAUGACAAUGACCGGUCCCGCCGCCAUCGCCAUGGGCAUGAUGAUCUUCCUCUUUGAAAGCGGCACAUUCAGCAUCAUAUUCGCCAUCGCUCUCCGCGGCACAGGCCGCCACACCAAAACCGCCGCAUCUCUCCUCACAAUCGCCAUCAGCGGCGGCGCCUUCCUCCCCUUCGCACGGUACGCCGCCGAACUCGCAAAAAACGGCGUCCCAGAAUCAUAUAGUGUCCUGGUUGCCCUUUUCGCAGCCGGCGCCAUAUUCCCUAUAUACCUGAACCUCGUCCCCGCGGCAAAGAAACAGGUCGAUCCUGUCCCAAACGAACAUCUGCGCCAUACCCGCCGCCGCCGGCGGCGGAGACGCGACGCAAAUUCAAACACAAACACAAACACAAACGCGCUCCCCCGCGAAAAGGCCAACCCCUCCCGGGGCGGCGUGUAUUCGCGACGACGAAGCGUCCUCGAUGGCCCGGAUCCGUUUCCAAGCGUCGACUUGUCGGGUCCGAACUCCGUGUCCUCGGUCUCGAGAUUGGACUCGGUUGCGGAACGGGAUGUGCCUGCGGAUGUGGAUUUGAAUGCACAUGCGGACACAGAUAUAGAUGUGCACCGCUCGCAGGCGAAGGGUAUAUCAUCCAGUAGCGAGAAUUCGCCUAUAUAA